AUGCCUAUCGCAACAGCGCCCGCUCUCCUCAUAGGACUCGGUGCCCGCAUUCUCCUCGAUUAUUUCAGCCGCUCUGAUGGACCAUUCGUCAAGGACUUUAUCCUCAUCGGCACUUGGCAAGGUGUUGCAUUGCACUAUGCAGCGAAAACCUCGAAAACUUCAGGGUUUGGCAUCAUUGUGGCCUUUGGAAUCGCAGCAAAGCUCUUUAUUGAGUUCAACUUCGCUUCGGACGUCACACGAUGCAUCACAACCAUUCUAGGAGUAGCCCUUGGAGUUCUCUUCACGGAUUUCCUCUCUCAGUACUUCGACAAACCCCCACAAGGUUCCGACCGGCGGAAGAAAAAGGUGCCAGCAAGCAAAUCCAGCAAACGUCACCUAGAAAAGGUUGCUCCUACACCGUCAAGUGUUCUCGGAGGGAGCGUCGAAACUCUUGCGGAUAUCACAGACGGUGGGACUCUAGCGACCAGCUCGCACCUCUUUUCAGAUAUCACUUCAGUAGAAUCGCACUCGGACAGAAACGGCCCCACAUCCUUCGCGUCUGCUUUAGAACGGGAAGCCCAUGUGCUCAGAACGAGAGCUUCGCUAGCGGACAGCGAGCGCCGUAGGUUUAAAGAAGAACGGAAAUGGGCAAUUUCGCAGGGAAACUUGGCGAGAGCUUCGCAAAUGAAGUGGGAGGUGAAGAGAUACACUGCAUUGAUGCAGACGUUCAUUCGCGAGGCAGAGAUGAAGGAAAUGGAGGCCGCCGCUUCCAGUUCUAAUGGAAAUGGAUACAAACCGACAGACCACGACCCUCCCAGACCCAUUGCUUCCAGUUCGAAAGAGAAAACUACUAGGUCAUCACGCGACUCCCCUUCCAGUUCGAGAGGAAAUGGAAACCCAACAAGCGCCCGCAAAUCAACCCAACUACGGCGCCCAACGCCAUCGAAAACUCCUGCUGCCCGAGAUGCAAACGGAUAG